AUGUCCGUGUAUACGAUAUUACUGUUCUGUACUGCAAUAGUAAAUUGCUUUGGAGUUAAGAAUGCAUUCGACAAAAAACCUUACUAUUUUUUUGACUCCAAAACGGCCUACAGUUUUGUUCGUGGAAAAGACUUGAGUGUACCAGAAAACUGCCAAAUCCAGCAAAUAUUCAUGUUGUGCAGACACGGUACGAGAACAUGUUCCAGUGAAGACAAUGACGAUAUGGUAGAGUUAAUGUCACUUAAAAAUACAAUUAAAAAAACUAAAACACUAGACGCAGAGGAUAUAAAUGUUAUAAGAACCUGGAUGAAUGAGAACGUUGAUCACGACAAAGAUUUGACCAAACAAGGAGAACAAGAUAUGAUAGAAUUGGCUACUUCAGUAAAAGCCGCAUUUGGUGACAUAUUUAAAGAAGACUUUGAUUCUAAGAUCCAUAGUGUAUUGGCUUCACCCGAAACUCGCGCCAAAGAAAGUGGCUGGUGCUUUUUACACAACGCAUUUGAUAACAUAAAUAUUACCGAGCUAACCGAGUAUAAAGACGAUGUGACAUUGAAUAUUGACCUAAUUAGAACCAAUAAAGUACCUAAAGGCGAGAAAAAAGAAAAAAACAAAAAUACUCAAAUGACGGCCUUCCAAAACGGACCUGAAAUGAAUAGAACCCGGGCGAAUAUAGCAAAAAGACUUGGAUUAGAAACUGUUACUUUUGCUCAAGCAAAAGCAAUGUACGAGUCAUGUCGUCACGAAACAGCCAAUCGACCUAAGAACCUCCAAAUUACACCGGCAUGGUGUAGAGCGUUCUCUGAAAAGGACCUCCAAGUUUUUGAGUAUUUGAACGAUAUGAGUUGGUAUUACAAACUUGGUUGGGGUAAUCCGGACGGCCAUCGACUGGGCUGUCCGUUGUUGACAAGACUUAACUUAAGUUUCAAACUAGCUGCUCAAAAAGAAGGGAAAAGAGGUAUAUUUUAUUUUGGACACAGAGACAACCUGUUUGUAGCUAUCACCAUGCUAGAGUUGUUUAAAGGCGAUGCGGCUCUAACAGCAAAAAAUAUGCGCCAUAUGAAACAAAGAGAGUGGAGAACUUCAUUUAUAAAUCCAUUUGCUGCAAAUAUGAUUGCCGCAUUUUACUCAUGUAAUGAUAAUGUUGAUAGAGUAUCCUUCUUUGUUAACGAAAAAAUUAUGCCAAUCGAGUUGGACGACAAUAGUACUUGCACUGUCUGUCUUUGGAAAGACGUCGAGAUGAAAUUCGAUAGGAUUACUGCUGAUAAAAGAGAAUGUGGGUUCGGUCGUAUUAUAACACCUCCUUAGAAGGUACUUUUGAAAUGAUCUCUAAA